UCUACACAGACGUUCUCCAGACGACAAUCAUGUUCGUGGGCGUGCUGUCGGUGGUGGUGCAGGUGUGCAUUGAGUUGGGCGGCGUCGGGGAGGUGUGGCAGAGGGCAGGCCAGGGAGGACGCCUUGAGUUUUUCAACUUCGACCCGAGUCCCUUAGUGCGCCACACGUUCUGGUCGGUGCAGGUCCUGGGCGCCUACUUCUUCGUCAGCACCAUCGGGAUCUCGCAGCCGCAGUACCAGAGGCUCGUCUCCGUCAGGAACUUGAAGAUUUCACAGAGCGUGUGUUUCACUUUCAUGCUGUGCCUCGCUGUGCUCUGGUCUCUCUUCUACUUCUCCGGCCUCGUCGCCUACGCCGCCUACGAGGACUGCGACCCCCUCGGCAACGGCCAGAUCGAGAAGUCGGACCAGAUCCUCGCGUUUCUCGUGGCCGACAAACUUCGUCACGUCCCGGGCAUGGCGGGCGUGUUCGUGGCGGCGGUGGCCGGCGCCGUGCUCAGUAAUACCUAA